ACGUCAGAGGCGGGGAGCGAGAGCGCGUGCUCGUUGGCAGUCUGCUCGCAAGCAGAUCUAAACAGACGCAGGGGGGGGGGCGCUUUUUGGAUCUGCUGCGGUGCACAGCGUGCUCUUCUCGCCCGAUCCGCCCCUGCCGGUUCCGCCCCGGGUUUUGCCGUCAGCCGGGUCCGUCGUCCCCUGUGAUUGGUGUUGUGUUUUGGUCAGGCCAUGGCCCCAGCCGUGUGGGCGGCGCUCCGGGUGCUAACCCGCCAGGCGGUCGGCGUGCUGAAAUCAAACGCACCUGCCAGCAGCGGACUAGCUUCUGCGCGGCACGGGCCCUCCGCGACGAGCUGCAGCAGACGGAUAUCCAGUGAGGUGAGACGCCUGCAGGCUGCUGCCAGGAUGCCGGAGAUCGCCACGGAUCACCUGGACGACAAGCAGGUCCAGCUGCUCUCCGAGAUGUGCAUCCUCAUCGACGAGAACGACCAGAGGAUCGGCGCGGACACCAAGAAGAACUGCCACCUCAACUCUAACAUCGAUAAAGGUUUGCUGCACAGAGCCUUCAGCGUCUUCCUCUUCAGCAGCGACGAGAAGCUGCUCCUGCAGCAGAGGUCGGACGCCAAAAUCACCUUCCCAGGCUGCUUCACCAACACGUGCUGCAGCCACCCCCUGCACACAGACGGCGAGCUGGAGGAGGAGGACGCCGUAGGGGUGAGGAGGGCCGCUCAGAGGAGACUGCAGGCUGAACUGGGCAUCCCCCUGGAGCAGGUGCCACCAGAGGAGAUGACUUAUUUGACCCGGAUCCACUACAAAGCCCAGUCCGAUGGCGUAUGGGGAGAGCAUGAGAUCGAUUAUAUACUCUUCAUGCAGAAGGACGUGGAGCUGAGUCCAGAUCCCAACGAGAUAAAAAGCCACUGCUACGUGAGUAAAGAGGAGCUAAAAGCAAUGCUGGAGAAGGCCAAGCGUAAGGAGCUGGAGGUGACCCCCUGGUUCAGCCUCAUCGCCGACACGUUCCUCUUCAAGUGGUGGGACAACCUGCACAACCUGAAACAGUUCAUGGAUCACAGCAACAUCCACCGCAUGUAGCAGAAGGCUCUGUGUGUAACGGCGUUCAGGAGGUCUUCAAGAAGGCCGAGCUGUGGGAGUCCUGAACAGAAGCGUCCGCUGGUGACGGCUUAGUGCCUCCGGCGAAGCAGUUGGACUUUGAAGGCUCCAAGUGUCGAGGAAUGUAGUCGGUCUAGAUAAGUUGAGUUAAUAAUAGUGCUGGCACACUGACCGUAGAGUUGCGCUAAGCACAAAACCAAAAACCGCUUAGGUGAAAAAAUGCAACCUCAGCAGAAAUCUCUCUAAUGUUAGUCUUUUUGUAAGACAAAAGUUCAAGUGCCUGAUAACGGGUCAGUAGUCGAGAUAAAUCUCCGUCUUUCUCUACAAUGUUGAUACUGAUAUCAGUGAACAAGAUGUUCUCAUAUGUUUUACAAAAUAAAGUGACUAUGACCACUGAU